CGAAGAAUACGGAGGCACGAUAGUUAACGAGAAUAAGGCAGAAAUAGUGCCGUUGUCAUUAGGCAGGGCAUAAAAAAUGGCUGCCGCGACGAACCUUGCACCGGAGAAUCAGUACUUCUACGAGGAUGUUGUCUACCGCAUGGACAAACGGGGCAAUGUCGUCUUCGGCAUCGUCAUGGAGAACGACGACCUGGACCUGUCCGACGAGAGUAGUGACAAUGAGGAGAACUUGCCAAAGCGCAAAAAGGGCGAAAUCCGCAUGAUAUGGCAUCCGUCCGGUGUCGAGGAGUUGGUCAACUGCAAGAAGGUUCAUUUGGCUGAUAGGACACUCAUGCCUGGAGAUGUAGUACGUAGAAUGAUCAAAGGAAAGGAUACACAAAGAGGUUACUGUCGGGAUGUAGAACUGACAGCCUGUGUUCAGGUCAUCGGUACCAAACAGGUUCUCACAGAUAUCAAGAGCGAAGAUCUGAUUCCAUUGCAGGAAUUUGCAACAGAUAUGGCAGUAUGCUUGGAUUCGUGGGUCGGUGGCAUUAGAAUGACACACUUCAAGUUAUGGUUGGUAACGCCAGAUGGAUCUCACUGUGUCAUAAACGAAAUGGAUUCCUGUGUGUUAGGACAAUUGGAAGAGGCUCGAGACAGCGAUAAUGAUUUUCCACACCCAACUGAAUUCUAUCCUGGUCAGAGCUUAUGGGGACCUGUUCAUUGCUUAGAAGAUGCGCAGUGGCUUCAGUGCACAAAGGAGAUGAAAGCAAAGAGGAAAUUAAAACCUCAAAAAAUAACCAAAGUGAUUGUGGAAAAAGUGGAGACUGAUUGGAUAGGCGUGCAUUGGCAGUGCCGAGCAUAUUCAAAGGACGGCUGGUCCGAUCAGGUUCAACCGAAGUUUGUGGUUGAGGGUGAAGAUCUGAAAAAAAUUAAACUGUUAAAUGUAUUUGAACCCUCGACAGUACAGGUCGGCAACCGUAAUUUUUACAUCAUUAAGGGUAAUGAAAACGUUAUAACUCGUGAACAAUGGCGAAAGCAACAAAGGGAUAUUUAUCAAGUUCCUAAGCAAAGUCCAAAGAAAACCCGUUCAAAUAUCAUGGUAACGAAGUUGAUGGAAGAUAAGGAGCAAAAAAAGAAUAAAACGUCCAAUCAAUUGAUGGAAGAAAACGGUAAAAGUAAUGGCAUCCGUCCUCAGGACAUCAUAGGUAACAAUGUUUUAAUGCCGCCGCCUCCAAAUCAACACGCUGAAAGUUCAGACGAAUGGGAUACGGAAGAUACAGGUUCACAAAGUGAUUCUACUUCGGUCUCUAGCUGUUGUUCUAGCAUGUCAUCAGCGGGAAAGAAAAAGAAGGGUCCUGCAUUAAUGACAAAAGUGCUAAAGAAAAAGAAAUUACGAAAAGCGAAAAAGAAAAUACCACCUGUUCCAUUGAUUCCUGGGACUAAGAUAGUCGUAGAAACGUUGUCCACUAAUACAAAAGCCAAUGUGGUGUGGCAAGAUGGCUCAGUAGAAUUUGGAAUACCGUCAACACAAUUGUAUCCAAUUCAUCAUCUAGAUGAUAAGGAAUUUUUUCCAGGUGAUUUUGUUGUAGAUCAAAAAGAAGAAUCUAGAAUGUAUGGCGUUGUACAAAGUGUUGAUCAUCAGGGUCGUACUGCCAAGAUAAAAUGGUUCCGUACAUAUACUUCUAGUCAAAAUCCAGAACCGAUCUUUCUGGAGGAACGAGAAGUGAGCGUUUACGACUUGAAAGAUCAUCCAGACUUUCAAUAUAGACCAGGUACCCUAGUGAUUCGAAUAGCAAAUUUUGAGGGUGAAGAUACUGGAUGUACUGCUGGUCAAGUGUUAGACAAUUAUCCAGAGGGACGAGUAAAAGUAUGGUGGAUUGACGAUCAUGUUAGCAUGUGUUGGCCACAGGAUCUGUAUAAAGUCGGCGAGUAUGAUAGCGAUGAAGGGGAAUUAUGGGAUGAUGUCUCAUCUGACUCAUCGUGGGAGACGGAACUCGAAGAUUGCUUCAUCGCAGAUAACGAUGUCACUGAGCAGACAGAAUUGGAUAACAUAAAACCAAAAUUAGCAGCACACAUUGAGAAAGCUAGAAUUGCAAUGUCAAGAUUGGAAGAGAUUUUUACACAAAACCCGUCUCUGCAGACAACAGAGGUGAUGAGAAAACUUCUCGAAGUCUAUAAAGAUUGCCGUUAUAUGGAUAAAUUAAUGGGUACUGCAUUCUUCCACGAAUGCCACUUCCAGGGACUUCUUGAGCGAGUAAGAGAACGUGGUAGAGCAAACGUCGCGCAACGCAUGGCAGAUCAAGUUACGAGACUCUUUACGCCUAAAUCUGAAUAUCCAGAAGAAUCCAUAGAUAAAGAUAAUUCGAAAAGUUCGAAUAAUGGCGAUGAUCCAUGUGCAAUUAGCGUAGAAAGGCAAGUUACCACAAUUAUCAACGAAUCGGAGAAUGACAAUAUUCCAAAUAUCGAAAGCAAUAUCAAAAAACAAACCGACGAAGAUAAUGUUAAUCGAUUAUUUAUAUAUCCCAAUCCUAAUCCCAAUCCCGAGGAUUCCGGAUUAUAUUCGGCGGAAAACUCGAAGAAGGAAUCAGGCUCGAGCGAGUCCAGCGGAGAAUUCCUUAUAAGCGAGGACGUCAACAACAUACCAGAAUGCUCGUCUACAAUAAAUGAUAUAACUACACCCGAGAAGAUGGAAGUGAACAAAAUGAAAAAGGUACCGACGAGUCUACUAACUUCUCAGAGCAUUGGAACGUCACAAGUAUGCGUCAAACUUUGCAAUCUGAUAAAAGCACAACUAGUAUUAGCACACGCUGAAGUGUCGAAGAGAUUUGGUUUGGGAAAAAUGUCAUUGUCGGAUGCAGAUAAAACCUCCUCGUCUCCACGGAAAAAGCAGAAAGGCGAAGAGGAGGAACGCCUGGAAACGAUGUCGGAUCCAUCCUGUUCUGUUGAGAUUCCACUGACGGUUUACACCGAAGGCGAGGGCUUUUCCAUUGAAGAGACUGCGCCUGAUAGUCACAAGUUUAAGCUGACCAUGUUCCAGCCUACAGAUCUGACCAACUUCUUCCGUACCGUCUCUAAAGAAUUGAAGCUGCUCAAGAACUCCCUCCCACCGGGUGUCUGGGUGAAGGGAUUUGAGGAUCGUAUAGAUCUAUACUCCGUGAUGUUCCAUGGUCCUGAGAAGACGCCCUAUGAGGACGGUCUCUUCCUUUUUGAUUUCCAGUUGUCUGCAGAUUAUCCUGCCGCGCCGCCUCUGUGUCACUAUAUCUCCUACUGCAGCGAUCGAUUGAACCCAAAUCUCUAUGAAGACGGAAAGGUAUGCGUGAGUUUGCUGGGUACAUGGUCUGGUCGUGGCACGGAAGUAUGGACAAACUCUUCCACUCUGUUGCAAGUAAUAGUUUCAAUACAGGGUCUGAUUCUCGUAAAUGAACCAUACUUUAACGAAGCUGGCUUCGAGAAACAGAAAGGUUCACAACAAGGACGCGAGAACUCGAGGAUGUACAACGAGAUGGUGGUGUUAAAGUUGGUACAGGCGCAGACUAAAUUGUUGUUACAUCCACCACCUGUAUUCAAGGAUAUAAUCAUUGCGCAUUUCAAAAAACAUGCCGAGAAAUUACUACAAAGAUUGGAACUGUGGAUGGAGAUAUCUGAGCAGCAUAACAAUCAGCAUCCAUUAUCUCCAGUCACUCCCACUACAUUUAAAGAAAUUGCAAAUAUUGACCAAAAAGUAUUGCCCGAAUUCCCACUCAUUCCGGCAUCUCGAGGUUUCUGUAUAACUCUCCGCAAGACACUAAUAACGUUCAAAUCAGUGCUUGUUAAAAAAAAUAUAAUACAGAGAUCGGAUGAAUGGCAGGACAAUGAAAAUACAGAGUUAAUGAACAAUAUCACAAAUCAGUGCCAAGAAACGUCUAAAUCUGUUGAUAGUAAAAUAGCAGAAUGUGACGAGAGUAGUAGUAACAGCAAUAGUAACAGCAAUAUGCAAGAAAAUAGUGAAAAGCUGAUUUUAAAUGGCAAUAAAUUCAAGGAAAUGAUUUUAUCUUCCCCAACGAAUAAUUUCGCUGCAGCGCCGAGCGAAACAAAAAAAAAUACUUCGAGCCAAAACCCUAGCUAG